GCGCAUCAAUAGGAAUGACCUCGAAAGCCAUUCUACUUCAGAACUAGAGCAGCUCUUCAAAGUUUCAGUACGCUCCAAUAGCGUGUUUGUGAUAGAUCCUCCAAAAUUUUUAGAAUAGAGCCCAUGUUCUUCUCCACUCACCAGUAGCUAUUUUUGAGAGAAAUAAAUUUUAAUUAUUUAGGAUACAUUGCUUAAAAUUGUGUGCGUAAAGGGUGGGAAGAGAGAAUCAGAUUAGGGAUUGAGCAAUAGAAGCUUGACAAAUCUCUUACACAAAAAUGUCCAGUGAAGCAGUUGGAGAAGAGACGCGUGCUAUUACUAUUACUGUGGGUGAUGAUAUAGUCAGAUUAUCUGAUUAUGGAACUGGAUUUGAACCUGAAGAGGAACUGAACAAAACAGGAGAACAGUCUUCUCCUGGAAGCAAAAAGAUCGUUGGUGUCUUUUGCAAACCAAAACAUGAUUUUAAGAAUGACAAUCUUGUGGGCUGUGUACAAGGAGCCUUGGGAAUGCAGGACUGGUUGGAAUCAAAAGGUCACCAAUACAUUAUCGCUGAAGACAAAGGACCUAAUUGUGAACUUGAAAAGCAUAUUCCUGAUCUCCAUGUGCUGAUAACUACCCCUUUCCAUCCCGCGUAUGUUACAGCUGAAAGGAUCAAGAAGGCCAAAAAUUUGCAACUGGUGCUCACAGCUGGAAUUGGUAUUGAUCAUAUUGAUUUGAAGGCAGCAGCUGCUACUGGUUUAACAGUUGCAGAAGUCACUGGAAGCAAUGUAGUCUCUGUUGCAGAGGAAGCGAUCUUUCUUGCUGAGGAUGCACUCAUGAGAAUCCUCGUUCUUGUCAACAACUUUUCGACUGGAUACAAUCAAAUUAUCAGUGGUGAGUGGAAUGUUUUUGGUAUUGCUAGUAGAGCUCAUUCUCUUGAAGGAAAGACUGUGGGAACAGUUGGUGGUGGACAUAUUGCUGGGCUUUUAUUUCAACGGUUGAAGCCUUUCCACUGUGAUCUCCUAUAUCAUGAUCAGAGCAAGAUGGAUCCAGAAUUGGAGAAUCAAACAGGGGCAAGGUUUGAGGAGGAUCUUGACUCAAUGCUUCCCAAAUGUGACAUAAUUGUCAUCAACACACCUCUUGUGGAGAAAACAGAAAUGAUGUUUGACAAAAAAAGGAUUAAAAAUGUGAAGAAAGGAGUUCUAAUUGUUAACAAUUCUAGUGGAGCAAUCAUGGAUAUGGAAACAUUGGCUGCUGAUUGUCUGAGUAGAAAAGUAAUUGCAGGUUAUAGUGGGAACCCUUGGCAAUACAUGCCAAACCAAGCUAUGACCUCUCAUAUUUGUGGCUCUACAAUUGAUGAGCAGGUGCGAUAUGCGGCUGGAGUGAAGGACAUGCUGGAGAUGUACUUGAAGGGAGAAGAUUUUCCUCCACAGAAUUACAUUCUCAAGGACGGCGAACUAGCAAGCCAGGAAAUGCUGGACAGGUACAAGGGAGAAGAUACGUUGUCCGAUUCCGCUGAACAGUAACUGUAUGCAAUAUAAUAGAUAUAUAUAGUUUCACAGAAAUCCCUAACAUAAAAUAUACUACUACUAUAUAGUUUCAGGUUGUUCCAUAUACCGUGGAUUUUAACUUUUCAUCCCAGCAAUGACAUAGGAAUAGAAAACCAUAUGUUUGUUGUAUUAGAAUUAAAAACCCAAUUUAUUUAAUAGGAACUUGAUUCCUACCUUUUAACUUAGAUUUCAAAAUUAAAAUGUGAUACUUGUCUGUUGCCACCAGAGGAUGCUCUAAUAAUAU